CAGUACCCAACCACCAGUCUUUUUUGCUGUCUCUCCCCUUUCUCGCUCUCCGUGUUCGCCAUGUUCAAAACAACUCUGCGUACCGCCUUCGCUGCCAUUUUCUUUCUACUAACGCUUCUGAUCUCUCAAGCUCACGACAAUGGAGAAGGAAGAAGAAGAAGUAGAAGUAGAAAAUCAAACGAGUGCAAUUUGUUCAAAGGAAGCUGGAUUAUGGAUCCAUCGUACCCGAUUUAUAACGGAUCUGAAUGCCCCUUCGUAGACUCCGGAUUGAACUGUCAGAAGAACGGAAGAGAUGACACGAUGUACCUCAAGUUCAGAUGGCAGCCUCAUCGUUGUGCUCUUGCGAGUUUCAGCGGCAAAAGGUUUCUGAGGAGAAAUAGAGGCAAGAAAAUCAUGUUUGUGGGCGACUCACUGAGUUCAAACCAGUGGCAAUCACUCGCAUGCAUGCUUUACCACUCGGUUCCUUCCACUAAGCAUACUUUCACGCGUGAAGGACCACUCUCAAAUCUUUCAUUCCCAGAAUAUGGAGUUUCGGUUAUGUACUUGAAAAACGGGUUUCUUGUAGACCUUGUGGUGGAGAAAGAGAGCCGAGUUCUAAAAUUGGACUCGAUCAGUAGAGGAGGGAAAUGGGAGGGAGUAGAUGUUUUGAUCUUCAAUAGCUAUCAUUGGUGGACACACAGCGGAUCCCUUCAAACAUGGGAUUACUACCAAGUCGGGGAAGAGAUAUACAAAGACAUGGGACGAAUGGAAGCGUACAAGAUCGCUUUGACCACAUGGGCGAAAUGGGUUGACUCGAACAUUAAUCCUAACAAGACCCGAGUCUUUUUUCAAGGGAUCUCUGCCAUUCACGAUGAGGGCAAAGAUUGGAAUGAGCCAAAUGUUCGGAAUUGUGAAGGGCAAACCCUACCUAUUCAUGGAUUUCAUUUUCCCGGGAAAAGAUACCCGGGGCAACACGUUGUGAAGGGCGUUUUGGUCAAAAUGAAAAAUCCAGCUUAUUUAUUGGAUAUAACGCUUCUAACCCAACUAAGAAAAGAUGGUCACCCGUCCAUAUACGGUGAUGAAGGUCGAGAUUGUAGCCAUUGGUGCCUAGCUGGGGUUCCCGAUACUUGGAAUCAAAUUUUGUACAAUAUUUUGCUCAAAAAAUAA